AGCCUGCGCGUCUGAAACGACUCGCCGAGCUGGCGUGCACAGACUUCCGCUCUUACUCUCAAAGCACCCACUACAGCGGGCUCCUUGGCCUACCUCUCAUCAUGGAUCAGCCGGUUGCGCGGAAGACAUUACAAGAACUAAUUAAACGGGAAGAUUUAGACAACAAACGAUGCAUCGACUGCAAUAAUCCAAACCCGCAGUGGGCUUCGCUCAGGUCGGUCCACAUUCCUUUGCAGUGUUUAUGUGUCUACAAUGUGCUGGUGUACAUAGAGGCUUUGGUGUGCAUGUUAGUUUCGUACGAUCAGUGUCGAUGGAUACUUGGCAAGAAGAACAAAUAAAGCGCAUGCAGCUCGGGGGAAACUCACUAUUCCGAGACUUCAUAAAAUCCUACCCAGCAGAAGGCGGGUACACAGAGGGAAUGAGUAUGCAUGAUAAAUACCACUCAUGGGCGGCCUCCCAAUACCGCGAGAAACUUGAUGCCGAGUUGGCAGGCAAACCAUGGUCACCGUCUUCACCACCCGCAGGUGCUGUUGCAGGGACUGCGAGUCCCCCAGGAAGGCCCUCGUCAGCCCAAGGGCUAAGGAAAUCUCGGGCUUCAGCUCGGUCAAAUACGGGGAGGAGUAUGAGGAGUGAUUCACCGGCUUCAUUCGGCAACAACUCUGGUAGCAACACUCCAGUGACGACGCCAAACCUUAGUCACACACCAUCAGACCAGAAAACUGCGAACGAAUCGUUCUUUGCGGGUUUGGGGCAGGCUAAUGCUACUAGACCAGCGGACUUGCCGCCUUCACAAGGUGGGAAGUAUCAGGGGUUCGGGAACACACCCACACCGCCACCUGGCUCUCAACAUCCAUCUUAUGGGCUGUCGUCCGCUGCAGCGCCAAGAUUAUCAGAAUUCCAGGAUAACCCCGUCGCAGCGUUCAGCAAAGGCUGGUCCCUCUUAUCUGCAGCCGUUGUCGGUGCAUCUCGUGUCGUAAGCGAGAACGUUAUCCAACCAGGUGUGCAGAAAGUCACGGACCCAAACUUCCAAGCUGGGGUACGCGGAUACGUGUCGGAAGCAGGUAAACGUGCGGGAGAAGUAGGGAGCCGCGCGAACAUGUGGUCCAAGCAAACUCUAGGUGUGGACGUUGCAGAGCAGGUCGGCGGGGUGGUUGGGACUGUGAGGGAUCGAGUCGGCGGUGGACCGUCAAGUAGAGGGUAUGGUGUGGUUAGCCAAGGGUAUGAGCAUGGCGAAUCGAGUGCGUUGUACCAGGAUCAUGAGGAUGAGGAUGAUUUCUUUGGUGAGUUUAGUGGGAACACGCCGAGGACUCAGACUGGUUUUGGCCAAAGCAGUAGCUAUAGUAAUGCGGCAGCGGGUGGGGCUGGGGCAAAGCCUGCUGGAAGUGCUCAAAAAAGUGAUGAUUGGGACGAAUGGAAGGAUUUCUGAGUGGCUGCGUACUUGGGACUAUUUAUUGCAUUCUUGUAUUUAUGAUACCUGCGGCUAUUUGGAAUCUCUCUUCAUUCUCCUGGAUAAAACCUAUGACCCCAAAGUCGGCAAGGCUGUACUUGUAAACCAAGUAAGCUCCCAUAUCGAGUCCAGUCUGACAUUAAGCGCCCAAGAAAAGGUCCUCGUCAUG